GGUAUGCAAAGCUCUGCUUCUAGCUACAACACUAGCCUGUCGACGCGAUCGCAGUGGUUCGAUCCGCGUGCCUCAAGUUGACAAUUGACCAGAGUGAAGAAAAUGUCUGAUUGUCGUCUUUUGCUCAUCACGCUAGCGUCGCUAGCGGGAGUGUUUUUCAAACAUCGUACGCAGGCUGAUCAGGUCAACAGUGAAGUCUGUCUCGUGGAUUCACUCUUUAGAAUUGUCUCUGAAUUGAACGUGACGAUGCAGGAAAUAGAGUCAGAAGUCACUGAUUUGAAAAGUAAAUUGGAGAGUGAAAGAGAAAAAAGAAUCAAUUUGGAGGAGGAAAACAUGAAAUUGCGAAGAAUCUCUGAUGACCUCCAAACAAACAACCAAAGCUUAAUAAUUUUGACUCAACAAGUACAACACGCUAACUGUCAACUACCAACACAAAACCAACAAUUCCUUUACUUGCAGAAAGUUUCGCUGGAAUUGCAAGGGAACGUUGCUAAACUCCAAGAAAGCAAUUGUGAACUACAGCAAACUUCAAACAGUUUGAAAGGAGCUGUUGCUCAUCUUGGAUACAAUUUAUCAAACAUUACCGACGAAGAUUGUUGCAGUAGCACAACAGGAAUGAUGACAUAUAAGAAAAUCGAGUCAUGUGACUAUUUGGUACUUGGUAGCUCGUUUUUGCUGCCUGAGUCAACCUGUAGGCCAAUAGCUCUCAAGUAUAAUUCAUUUUCUCACAAUGGACAAUAUUGGAUUAAACCAUCUUGUAACAAUCCACCAUUUCAAGUAUUCUGUGAUGCGAGUGAAGGUUGGACAUUGAUCAUGAAAAUUGAUGGAAAUAAGCAAACGUUUCGCUACAACAGCUUGUUGUGGUCGAACAAGAAAACAUUUCAACCAAAUAACUUGGAUUUGGAUGACAAAGAAACGAAACUGGCUUCGUACUGGACACUACCAUUUACUGAACUUCGUCUGGGAAUGAAAGUAGAUGGAACGACCAGAUGGAUCACCUUCAGCUAUACCGCAUCGUCUCUCUACAGUCUUAUUGCUGAUGGAAAAUACAGGAGCACGAGUAUUGGUAAGACUAAGUGGAGAAGUCUACUGCCAAGGUCAUCUCUGCAAAGAAAUUGCAACAAGGAAGGAUUCAACGUUAGAAGUUACCACUCAUAUUAUGGACCAAUAACCUCACAAGCACGUCUAGGAUUUGUUGCUAACGAACAAAACGACUGUGAGUCUCCAGACUCUUUCGUUGGUUAUGGAACAUCGUACACGCAUAAGUCGGUCGGAAAUAGUGCUGGAAACGUUGCGUGCUGCACUCCAGACAAUGGUCCUGCAAACACCAAAGCAGUUGGCUACAUCAUGGCACGUUGAGAUAAUAGAGUUUGUGAACUGCUGUCUAUAGCGACUAGCUGCUAGCAACAAUAGCGUACAUUUUACAUUUCGUACGUUUUCCCUAGAUGACACAUUGUUUACGCAUUCAUUUAUUAGUGAAACGGAUACCUCAUGCAAUAUUGUUCUAGCCAUAAGUAGUACAUAGCAGGCAGAAAGCAAAUUUUGCUUUCAGUGACGAAAUGAAAGCAACAGGUUGCUCUCGUUCACGUGACGUCAAUAUUAUUUGCCUGCAGACGAUACUGCGUGCUAAUAGACUGGUAUAGCUAGAUAUGGAAUUUAGAAGUAAACGACAC